AUGGCCGCGUCGGGAGGCUCUUGCGGCGGGUGCCCAUGGCCGGAUCUCCAGCCGGAGAUGUUGGGCGUCGUGCUCUCGCGGCUGCCGUCGCACGCCGACCGCGUCCGCCUCGCCGCCGUCUGCCGCCCAUGGCGCUCCAGCGCGCGGCUGCUGCGUCCGCUACCCACGCUGCUCCCAUGGCUCGCCCUCUGCGAUGGCACCUUCCUCAGCCUCCCCGACGGCGCCGUGCACCGCCUGCCCGUGGCGGGACAUGACGUCUCCGUCCGAGUCUCCACCGGCAGCAGGCUCUUCCUCGUGCACGGCGACGACGAGUGCUCGCUGAUGAACCCUUCCCCGGUAACGACGACCCCUGUCCCCGAGGCCGCCGGCUGGUUCCGAGAAAACCCGACCGUCCGGAAGGUGUUAAUGUCCGAUCACCUCGUCGCUGCUCUGGUGGAGUCCAAAAAGCUCAGCAUCAACAGCUCCACGACCACGAAAGUCAUCAUCUCCACACGUGGGCAGCCAUGGGACACCACGAGUUGCUCCACGACGGAGUGGACGGCGCCUGAAGACAGCUUCGUCAGCGACAUCGCGCUCUUCAAAGGAAAGCUCUACGUCCUCCUCGACACACAAGACGAGGAAUACGGACAGCAGCAUGAGCUCCGUGUCCUGGACGACGGCCGCGAGCAGACAGCCAUCCCCGGUACCCGAUUCCACGGGCACGAAUCGUUUAAUGCUUACGCGACGGACAUGUACGUGCAGCGGAACUAUCUCGUCGUCUCCGGCGACCGGCUGCUGAUGGUGGAACGAAGGAUCUACCAGCCGCCGAUGUUCCCGGUAGACUCGGGGAUUGAGAAGCGGACUCGUCUCUUCAAGGUCUUCGCGGCAACGGAGCUGAGCAGCGGAUGUGGACUCUGGACCGAGGUCGAUACGUUGAUGGGGCGCGCGCUUUUUGUCAGCGAAGGCUGCUCGCAGUCUCUCUCCGCCGGGGAUCAAUCUAGCGGUGUCGGAGCUCGAGAAGAUUGCAUCUACUUUGUAAACGAGGAUCACACAGAUACAGACAUCUCUGAAUCCGAAGAGGAAAUCUGUGAGAACCCCUUUCUAGACUCUGGCGUGUAUAACAUGGCAGAUCAGACAGUGACGCCGUUGCCGUCGGAGGCUGUGGCGGCGCCCGCUGCCGGCGACGGACCAUGGUCUCCGACUUGGCUUUUCCUAGAGACUUGA